GUGCGUGUGACGUCAGCGCGUCAGCUGGUUUAUGUUUACAUCGCAUCAAAUAUUCGCAGUCAAGUUAGGCGUUAUUGUGCCCAGAACCAAACACACGACAUACGCGUUAAUGUGAUAGAUGGACAUUGCUAGUUUGCACGAGACAACCGCCGAGGCCCACAAUCACACGACAGUGAUCGGCUCUCCUCAGGACUGUCCUUAAAGGCUCAUCUGCUUUGAUCAUGGGGGGAGCUGUGAGUGCGGGUGAGGACAACGAUGAGCUGAUUGACAACUUGAAGGAUGCCCAUUACAUCCGCUCCGAUCUGGUGGAGAGGGCCUUCAGAGCCAUCGACAGAGCCGACUAUUACCUGGAGGAGUACCGUGACAGUGCUUACAAAGACCUGGCCUGGAGGCACGGAAACCUCCAUCUGUCUGCUCCAUGCAUCUACUCUGAGGUGAUGGAGGCUUUGGAUCUGCAGCCUGGCUUGUCUUUUCUCAAUCUGGGCAGCGGGACGGGUUAUUUGAGCACUAUGGUGGGCCUUAUACUGGGUCCGUUUGGUGUGAAUCACGGUGUGGAACUACACAAAGAUGUGGUUGAUUAUGCCUAUCAGAAACUCGACUACUUCAUCAAAAACAGUGACAGCUUUGACAAGUUUGAGUUCUGUGAGCCAACCUUUGUUGUGGGGAACUGUCUGGAGAUUCCUCCGGAGAGCCGGCAGUAUGACAGGGUUUACUGCGGUGCAGGAGUUCAGAAAGAGUAUGAGAACUACAUGAAGAACCUGCUGAAAGUUGGCGGGAUAUUAGUUCUCCCCCUGGAGGAGAAGUUGACCAAGAUCACCCGCACAGGUCAGAGUUCCUGGGAGACCAAGAAAAUCAUCGCUGUGACCUUCGCUCCGCUCGUCCAGCCCAAGCAGAAUGUCAAUGGCAGACCUAGGAGUGUUCCUUUACCCAUUUUUGAGGUGCGGACGUUGCAGGACUUGUCACGGAUUGCCAUCCGCCACACUCUGCGACAGCCUAUAGCGAUGGGUGAAGGACGCACGAAGAGACGGGUGUCUUUCCCAGGGGCCCGGGCCAUGCACCGCUACGGGCCUCGCUUCGAACGCCGCCGUUUCUGCCGCCGCUUCUACCGCCAGUGCGUCAACUCUGUGGUUCUCCACGACUCCAUGAUUCCCACAGCCAUGGACGAUUGCAACUACCCUGGGGGAGUGGAAGAGGAAGAAGAGGAAGUGGAGGAGGAAGAAGAAAGGGGCUGCCGGCGAGUGAGAGAAGACCUGCCUGAGGAGGACGAGGAGGGUUCUGGCGAAGAGGAGAAAAGCAAAGGCGGCUGCGCUCGUGUGGAGCCUCCUGUUAAUAUUCUGAGGGAGAAGAUCCUAAGACUGCCAUUACCUGAACCCCUGAAGAUGUAUCUGCUGUAUUACAGGGAGAAAUGAGUCGUGGCCGGAGAUCAGGCGAAGCACUAAGACGAUUAGACACGAAGAAAAGCCUUCCUCCUCCACCUCUUCUCAAACUGGAUUAGCAUGACAAUUAAGUCCUCAAUUAAUGGCAUCACAAUAUCCAUGUCCCUUUGAGAAGCAAAGCUCCUUGAUUGGGGAUGCACAUAGAUGGAUCUGAAGGACUGAGCUGGCUUCCAGAAUAAUCAAUGUCGCUUGGGUUUAUCCGGCUCUUUUUGUAAUUCGGUAUUCCCCUCGAUUGAGAUGAUCAAACGUGUACGUGGCCUACGACACAUUCCCUGUGGGAAUUGCUUGUUGCUGUGCUCUUUUAGAGUAGCGCUGCUUUGGGAUGUGGCGUAGUUUGAUUUGUUGGAUUGAAGUAUUUUUCAAUAGCUUUAAAGUGUGGUCAGGUUUUCCGUUGCUUGGCGAAAUCCAGUACGUCAGUAGAAAUAUGCGUGACUGGGAGUUUCACCUGACGAAUGUUGUGCACUCAGAUUUUGCUCAUGUUCAGGCUCCUCACAUGAAUAUAACCCUUUUGAAGCUUUGCUUGGAAGUGAUUUCUCUGUAAUUGGUGCAUCAUGGUUUCGUCUGAAUAUGAAAAUGUGAUUCACGCAAAUUUGUUUUGGGCUGCACUAUAAAUCACAUACGAUUGUUGUGUACAUUUGUCAGUAAAGCCGACUCUGUAAUCAACUGUAAAUCUCCAGCAUGCGCGAUCAGAUAGAGCCAUUUCACACGGCCGCCAUUUUAAAGCAUGAAAGCGAGGCUGUGGUGGGAAGAAACCCGGAAGUAUAGGACCAGCACUGCAAACACUGCAACAGCAUGCUGUGUACUACACACUUUCAGCUGUUGCCACGAUUUAAAAAAUGCAGAUACAUCACUGUAAUAUCAUUAAGUUUAAUUUAAACAAUUAAAAGCAUAUUAGGCAUCAAACCUACAUCACAAUCUCUUUACAAGUAAUGCGCUUAAGUGUCCUCCAAGGCUUCAGUUCAUGGCACCAGGUAAACAUCAUGAGGACUGUCAAGUCAAACUAAUAUAGAAGGAGAAAAAAAAAAAUCCAUCCGCCAGUCGGAGGGAGAGGCGGAAGGACAUGCAGUAGUUCGGCAUUCACGUAAGGAAAAAGGAAACUGAAACCUAACCAGAACAGAAUCUCCGCCAAAACGAAACCUCCGCCAAAGCCGAAUCUCCGCCAAAAUUGAGAAAGAAAGUGCACAACAGUUAAAAAAAAACCAUCAUCAAGUCCCGGAGUGGCAGCCGGUGAGAACUUUACUUUGGUUAUUGCAUGAAAAUCGUGACUGUCAUGUCAGUAUUUGAGGGCAAAUCAACCGUGAAGCAGCAUCUGAGUUCAAGUUCGGCACAGAGGAAAAAGUUGCUCCUACAGUGCUUAUCUGCCCGCUGCUUAAUUACUUGAAGAUACAAAUAGUUAUUUGCAAACUACAAGAUGUUAUAAAGCAGAAAUGUAUAGUUUUGGUUAUUUUGAUCAUCAUUUGAGUGUUGUCUGACAGACGUUAAGAUGUUAAUUUUCCUCCGUGAUUCAUAUGCAUGCAUGAGCAGAUCACGUGCACAUAAGCUGAUUGCUGCAGUAGCAAAAUUAAUCACAUUUCAUUUAUAUGUCUUAAAACUAAAUAUUUAAGUUCAGUAUAUUAAACUGUACUGGUGAUUGUGCUUUAACAAGUGAUAAUUCAGUAUAAUACUUGAAAAUACUGUGUGAAAAAUCAGACAAAAUUUACAAAUGUUUGUAUAUAUAUGUUUAUUUGCAAUUUAAUUACAUAUGUUGUAUUUUUGUUUAUUUUAAAGGUUUUUCACCUUUCAACUUUCAACUUUCUACUUUCAACUUUCCAACGUUAUACUUUUUACCUGCCUUUCUGCUGCAUUUAUGAUGCAAUAAAUGGAUGAGUGGAAUCCAGUUAAAA